AUGAAAGAAGAACAAUUACGGUAUCACAUCUACCGUAAAACAUCCGCAGCAAAGUAUGGAGUGGGAGACAUCAUCAAUGGCCCUGUGUUCGCCAUGAAGAUGGACUCACUGGGGGGCAUCAUCCUCUCUCCACUAGGAGACGUAUCCGGUAAACCUCGAUACGGAAUUGUCAUCGAAAAGCAUUCCGACUACAUGGUGGUGAUCGUCUUAGAAAGCAAUGGCGGGUCAGGACCGUUAUACAAAUCAUCGGAGCACCUGGACGGAUGCCUUGGGCUGGCUAAGUACAGGGAACGAUUCCUGUGUAAGAGCCGGGAUAAGAAAAAAGGGUUAGUGGUUGUGGAACCUGGACUAGGUGUCCUGGAACUGCCUGAGGGCUUCCGUUAUAAACCCAUCCAUGGUGUUAAUACAAGACCGCCGAACACCGUGACUGUUUGUUUCGAUACACGCGUCUCAUGCAUCGAUACACUACCACUACGUCUCAUCAACAAGAUCAUUGCCUUGCGCAUGGAGGCGACCAUGAUCACGUCUAUCCCGAGACUUCCAGUAGCGCAGAUUGAGCCGAUCCUCAACAGAGCAAAGCGCAUGCUAGACCAGAUGAAGGAGCAGCUUGUCAGAAAGCGGGAGAACGAAGACUAA